UAAACGCACCAAGUUGCCUUGUCGUCUGGCCUCCUCCAUCCAGCAUGAAUCUGCGCUACAUUUGCACCUUGUCGCUGCUGCCCACGCUCUACGUGCUGCUGGUGCUGCUGCUGGACUAUGUGGAGCAGGGCUUGGCCCAGAAUCCGGAUCCGCUGUUCGAGCUGCCCGUGCAGCUGGUCGGCUUCCCCGUGAUCGUCCUGUCCGUGCGCCUCUCGCAGUUCGCCAAGAAGCUGGCCUACUCCCUCAAUCCGAAUACGUACCGUUCGCGCAGCAGACGAGACGCCGGCCAGCCGCACGCCCUCGACGCCGAGUUGGCCAAGAAGGAAAUUCUGCGCGAGUUCGGGCCACAGGCUUGCAUACUCGAGGAGCCGUGCCGCAUGCAUGCCGCACGUUCAGCCAGCCAACGACGUUCUGGCUUUGCGGGCAACGCAGCGCCACAUGCACCCUGGUCUGAGGUCUUGAGGAACUACAAAGUGCAAUCAACCGGCGGCUUGAAACAAUGGUAUCUGCUCUCGGUCUUUAUCGGCGAUGCUGUGCGAGAUGUGCCGCUAUGCAAGCACCUGGCCAAGCGGAUGCCCUGUCCAGGGGCCGGUCCACUGCCGCCGCCCCAGCCGCGCUAAGGACCAGCUGCAGUACGGGCGGGCAAUUAUUUUAUUCUUUUUUUAUAUAGAGUAUAUUGUAUAUUGUAUAUAGUAUAUGGUAGACAACGCAGUUGCCGGGGCUCUGCAGCAUCUGCAUCAUUUGCAUCGUGUAGUCAGUCAAUCGCAUGGACAUCUUUGUUACAUUCUUUCCAAACUCCAACUCCAACUCCGACUCCAACUCCGACUUUAACUUUCAUUUCUCUCUUUAGUCAUUCUUCAUGAAUUCGUACUGCUAGUUGUUUUUAGGGGGUUCUCAUUUAAGCGACAGACCCAGCAUAGGCUUAGACUUGCAUAAGUAUGAAGAAUAAGCAAAUAAAUCAACAAGAACAAAAUC